AUGUAUAACAUGCAAGGCUGGACGAACGGGUCGGUGGAUAGCAGACCCUUGCACUGUGCGAUUGUCGAAAACCUACCAGCGGAAGAGAUAGAAAAGCCGCCUCCCGAGAUUGGGCCUCGCGGCUCAGCCUCCGAGGUCUUGGAAGAAGCGCUGGGUAAAUUGGAUUGGAGUCUGCAAUGUUCCCACGACUUUUCCGACAAGGGCGACAGAGCUGCCAUCCUCUGCCUUCGAUUCCCGCACCCCGCUCUUUCCAUGCAACAACCAGGUGGCUCUCGCGGCUUCAACUCCGAGCAAGGUUUAAGGGUGUUGCCCAAGAUCAUGCCAGAUCCCCAACAAACCAGAGUCCGGUUCAUGGCUAUUCUUUUUGGAUCCAACGACGCCUGCUUCCCGGACGCUGAAAAUGGACAGCAUGUGCCACUGGACCAGUACAAGAAGAACCUGGUCAAGCUCCUCACUCACCCAGCCCUUGAGGCUCACAAUCCCCGGCUGCUGCUGGUGACCCCGCCGCCAAUCGAGGAGAGACGUCUCGAUCACCGCGUCAAGAGCCAAGGCUACUUGAAGCUGAACCGCUCCAACGUGGUCACGAAGCAGUACGCCAAUGCAUCUAGGGAGAUUGCCAAGGAGAUGAAAGUAGGCUGCGUUGAUCUCUGGACUGCCUUCAUGUCCAAGGCCGGUUGGCAAACCGGUGAUCCCCUCUACGGUUCUCAGUGCUUGCCUGAGAAUGACGCUAUUAGAGCCCUAAUACACGACGGUAGGCCAUACCUGAUACUGCUGGCGGGUCACAACUCAGCUAAUUCCCAUUGUGAAGGUUUGCACUUCACACCAGAGGCAUACAAAAUCUUCUUCGAAGAGGUGAUGAAGGUGAUUGCAAGCACCUGGCCUGAUCAAAUGCCCGAGCAGCUCCCAUACGUUAUCCCGGCUUGGGACGACGGCGCUGCGUGGGCGGAAGAGGGGCUCAGUAUGGGUAAGAACACCGUAGUUCGCCAUGACUAG